AUGGAAAUCGUAGACAGAUUGGCCGUUUUUCCAACGUCUAGCUCGCAAAUAAAUGUAAAAUGUCGCUUAACUUGCGCACGCAGGGGUCGCGAUCUACUCGAGAAAAAGGUCGAUGGUCUCUUGAUUCGUUUCCGUGUGAUUCUAUCACGUUUGCUCGAAGCCAAGUCGCGGCUCGGUGAAGUUAUGAGGGAUGCGGCCUUUUCACUGGCCGAAGUCAAUUACGUGACAGGCGGUAUAAACAAUCUAGUGUUACAGACGAUCAACACGGCCAGCACGAGGAUCCAAUCCCGACAAGAAAUCAUCGGUGGAGUUCGAUUGCGGAUUUAUGAACCCCUUCAUGUCGCCUCUGAUCCCUUCCAGCUUGCCGGUUUAGCCAGAGGCGGUCAACAAGUAAUUAACAAAACCUAUGUCUCUAAUAUAUCUCUAAAAACUUUGAUCGAUUAAUUCAUUUUCAUUCAUUUAUAUAAAUAGGUGGCUAAACUGAAGAAAAAUUACGGCAAGGCAAUCGAGCUGCUUAUGGAAUUGGCGUCGUUGCAGCACAAUUUUUUGGUCCUCGACCGGGUGAUCAAGACGACUAAUCGUCGAGUGAAUGCUCUUCGGCACAUUAUUAUACCGCGAUUAGAACGGACCCUCACGUACGUGGCUACCGAGCUCGACGAAUACGAGCGAGAGGAAUUCUAUCGGCUCAAAAAAGUGCGAGAACAGAAACUGAAGCGAUGUAAGGCGGUGAUCCAUUACCAGACAGCACAAGAUACAGAUUCGAUCUUCAAUGAUACGGACGAGGAUCUUUUUUAA